UCUUGUGAAAUCCACAGCCCCUUCUCUGUAUAACAGUGUAGCUGUCUGUGGUGCCUUGCUCUGUUUGGUGCUUCAGAGUAGAAGGUUAAAAUGCACAUGAUAACGAGAAGCUGCGUCCUACUGCUGUGGUCGCAAUUAAUGACUUCUGUAAAAUGCCAAGACUGUACACGUGAACAGUUUAUUAACAGCCGUCACUUUGAUCAAAAUUUUGACAUAAGUGGUUUGGAUGCCACUUACGGCGGAGGAAAACAAGUCAGAGUUCCCUGCAAUGUUGGGUAUAGUGGCUUUUUCAAGAUGAUCUGUGUUGAGGGGACCUGGAAGUCUUCUAGCCCUAAAUGUGAACCGAAAUCCUGCGGACAUCCCGGAGAUGCACAAUUUGCAGAUUUCCGACUUGAGGUCGGAGAUGAUUAUGUGUUUGGAUCUCAAAUUGUUUACGAGUGCAACCCAGGUUAUCAGAUGGUGAGUCGGUCAAGCCGCAGGCGCUGCUUGGCAGAAGGCUGGGAUGGCAAGAUUCCAGUGUGUGAAGCCACGAAAUGUCCAGUCGUUCAUGCAGACAAUAACGUACAGGUUUUAGGGGGUGCAGAAGAAGCCACCUCUGGCAAUGUUGUUCGGUUUAGCUGCAAGUCAAGUGCUGAAAUCUUGUAUGGGUCACAAGAGAUUUAUUGCAAGGAUGAUGGAGAGUGGAGUGGCCAGCCUCCAAAAUGCAAAGCAAUAAGAUGUUCCGUCCCUCAGAUUGAACAUGGCCGUGUGCUUGGUGCCGCUCAGGAGUACAAAGAACAAGAAAUCUUAGAUUUUAGAUGUGAUCAUUCUUAUAAACGGGCUGAUGAGAGAACUCCAAGAUGCACAAAAUUUGCAGGAAAAGCAGACUGGAGUCCCACACCUGCAUGUAAAGUAAUUAAAUGUGAACUGAAUCUGGCAUCAAUCCCUGGGACAACCCACGACCCUCCAUACAAAAACAUGUUUUUACCUGGAGAAAUAGUGAGAGUCACAUGUGGGGAGAAUCACUGGAUUCUGGACACGCAAACAACGGUGGCUGAUGUUACAUGUGGAAUCAAUGGAGACUGGAAUACGGAUCCGAUAUGCCAAGAGGUUACAUGCCCUCGAUACAUACAAGAAGCACAUUUGUAUCGUUUAGUUAACGCUUGGGGCAAAAACAAAUUAGGUGACAGAGUACGGUAUGAAUGUGACUACAACUACGAUCCUGCAAGUUCAGACAGAACAGCGACGUGUACCAGAGACGGAUGGACACCGAAACCACUUUGUCGUGGGAGACAGUGUAAAAACCCUAACAUUGAAAACUCCAUAAUUACCAGCAGUAGAGAAACUUACUCCAACAAUCACCGACUCACAUACCAAUGUUUGAGAGGGAAUCAGGAAUCUGUUACCAUCACCUGUAAUCGAGGAGUCUGGGAAGGGAUAAAGCAAUGUCCAGAUGUGGCACUUUGCCAGAAACCUGAAAUUCCAAAUGGAUUUGCAGUUGAACCCAGUACAGGCACAAUUUACUACGCCUGUAAUGAACAUUUCAAACUUCCUACCAAAAGCUGGUGGGGUCAUGCCAAAUGUGAAGGCGGUGUGUUUGGCCAACUUCAUCCAUGUAUAGCAAAGACAUUGUGUGGAGAGGCUCCUGCAAUUUCCAAUGGAAAAGUGACAGUGACAGUUUCAAGGACACGUGCUACGAUUGAAUGCAAUAAAGGAUACACUGGAGAGAUUGCUGAACUAACUUGUGUAAAUGGAAGAUGGAAUUAUCAUGAGUUUACACCAAGAACGAUCUGCCGUGCAACUGCUGAACACUGUGGCCCACCACCCAAAGUUGAGAAUGCAAUUGUCACCAUUUUAUACCAGAAGGAAUACUUGGAUGGCUCCUCUGUGACUUAUCAGUGCCGUGACAAGUAUAUGAUGGAGGAACAAGCCACCAUUACAUGCAGAGCUGGGAAAUGGGAAACAAGAAACAUCACAUGUGUCCCUUUUUGUGAGCAGUUCAGUGACCCCCGACUGACAGUGAGAGCAGACAUGAUUAAUGAAAGAUACUUGGCAGGAGAUGUGGUCCAAUAUGCGUGCACUGCGCCUGGUGCCAAUGCAGAAGGCAACGCAACAUGUGAGAAUGGCAAGUGGACAACAUCUGAAAAAUGUCCAGGCAUUCCUUGUGAAGUUUACCCAUUGGGUGACGGACUGAGACGUUUUAGAAGUGCAUCCCGAAAUAAUCUAGUGAAUCCUGGAGAUAAAUUAAGUUUUUUUUGUGAAGAUGAGUAUGAUAUGGAGGGUCCUGAUGAAGUUCAGUGCUUAGACACGGGGAAGUGGGAUGCCCCGUUUCCAACCUGCUCUGAGAAAUGCAGAAUACCAGACAUACCCAGUACUGUUCGCAUCACUUCAUCUGUACAAGGCAAUGCUAUAAGUAAAGGAGAUACAUUGUCAUUUGACUGUCGUCAACAAGACCACAUCAUGCAAGGGAGUUCAACAAGUAGCUGUUUGGGAAACGGAAAGUGGAGCACUCCACCGCCUGAGUGCACAAAUGCUGCACAUUGUUCAGCACCACCAACUCUUGAAAAUGGAGAUACCAAAUUAUUCAUCAGAUCAGAUGCAGUUCAUCAAAUUGGUGACAGAGUUGAAUAUAUCUGUCAGAAUAAGUACAUUAUGGAUGGUGACCCAUUCAAAACCUGCGACAAAGGUGUAUGGAAAGGAAACAUGAGAUGCCUGAAACCCUGCACUGUGAACGAGGAAUCAUUGAGUGAACAUGGUAUUUACUUUAAAGUUGGUGAUGCAACUAAGAUGUAUGCACCACAUCUGGAUCAUCUCACAUUUCUUUGUGUGAGUGGUAAAAGACGUGUUGGCUCUGUGCCGAUGCGUGUUCAGUGUAAUGACGGUCAGAUGACCCUGCCUACCUGCGAAUAAAAGUUUUCAGUGAGCUAAAUAUAGACAUGUAAUCACAAAAAUAUGUAAACCACUAUGGAACGUCAGAAUCCUGAAAAAUAAACAAAUAAAUACUACAUUGUAAAACAAGAAACUGCAUUAAUAAAUAAUGGAUAAAAAUAUGACAAUGAAAUUGUGAAAUAACUUAAAGAAUAUUAAAUUCUAUGCUCAUUAUUGUGAAAUAUUAUUCAUUCUUCUUUUAAUAUGUGCUUAUUCAAAUAAAACAUUUCACUGUGAUUUUUACCCCAAUA